AUGCCCAACUAUGUGAAGUUUAUGAAGGAGAUUCUGUCUAACAAGAGAAAGAUUGGUGAUUAUGAAAUAAUAGCGUUAAUAGAAGAGUGUAGUGCGAUUUUGCAAAGGAAACUUCCUCAAAAGCUACGAGAUCCUGGUAGUUUUAAUAUUCCAUGCACGAUUGGGGAGUUUGAAUGUAAGCAUGCACUUUGUGAUUUGGGGGCAAGUAUUAAUUUAAUGCCUUUGUCAGUAUUUCAUAGACUUGGUUUGGGUGAAGCUAGGCCAACCACAGUAACAUUGCAGCUGGCUGAUAGAUCUGUGAAGCAUCCACGUGGUAUUAUAGAAGAUGUGUUGGGAGAGUUAAUGCUAAGAGUACAAGGGGAAGAAGUAGUAUUUAAUGUGUUCAAGGCUAUGACCUAUCCUAAAGCAAGUGACAAUUGUUUCUCAGUUGAUGUGGUAGAAGAAGUAGUAGAGAGAAGAAAAUUAAUUGAAGAUCCUCUUGAAAUAAGUCUUACAGUUGAUGAUGUAGAUGGUGAGGAUAAUGAAGCGGCGUUGAGUUAUUUGAAGUGGAAAAAAUCAUAUGAGCCGUGGAAGCAUUAA